AUGGCCACGGAUGAACUAGAUGUUGCCGAUGCAAUAGAGCAACAGAUUGCACGCGACAUACUUGGCCCCUUCGUUGACGCGCCAACCGCCCAGCUUCUCUUGCCGCAAGCCCGCCAGAUCCCUCCAGCUGCAUGGGAGAUUAUCAGAAAUGUUUUGGAGACAAGCCCACAGGCGAGAGAGGAUGUGACCUGCUUGACCAAGUUGUUGGCGUCCGAGAGCCAGGCGGCCAAAGACGGCCCCGAUGCCGAUGGAGAUGGAGAUGAAGAUGAAGAUGAAGCCGCGGAGCCCUCCGAAUUUUCAAUGGAGCCAGCAGGGAGGCUACCUCUGACAGAUGAUUGCCACCACUACACAGGCAAGCAUGAAGUGCCCUGGGAUAUUCAAAAGUAUUUCAGUCAGAGAUACUCCAUCUGGUCCUAUUAUGAUGCUGGAGUCCACAUGACUGAUGAUGCUUGGUUUGGUGUCACACCAGAGCCGGUAGCGAACCAAAUCGCGUUCGAGCUAGCUGAGGGUUAUUAUGAGCGCGAGCAUAAUGUCCUUAUCGAUGCUUUUGGAGGAGCUGGAGGCAAUACCAUUGCGUUUGCGCUAUCCGAGCGAUGGGAUCGCAUUAUUGCCAUUGAGCGCGAUCCCGCGACACUCGCAUGUGCCCAACACAACGCCGAGCUCUACGGCGUUGACCCAGGCGCUGUCACCUGGGUCCUCGGCGACAGCUUUGAGUACAUGGACCUCCUCGUGAACGCGCCGGAGAAGCUACACCCCGAACUUCGGGUCGACAUACAGUCUGCCAUGGUUUUCGCCAGCCCACCUUGGGGAGGGACGGGAUACAGAGACGAGGAGAUUUUCGACCUGAGCAUAAUGCAUCCAUACAACCUGCAGCAGUUGCACGAAGCUUACAAGAAGAUGGAUCAUGUCCUGUUUCUUCCAAGAACGAGCGACCUCCGACAGAUUGCGAAACUCGCGCCGCCGGGGAAGAAGCUCGAUGUUGUCCAAUACUGUGUUGAAGGGGCCAGCAAGGCCAUGGGCGUCUUUAUUCCGGCAGAGCAAUCAGAAGCGUCUGGCGAGUGA